AAAAGGGCGCGUUCUGGCAGUUGGGAGUUUCGCACCUGCACCAUAACCGCAGAGCGCAAGAGAGUUGGGACGAUGGCGUCAAGAUGUAGCAGUAUCGCUCUCUUUUCCCAUGUCGCGACGGCGACCCCUCACCAUCAUCAACUCUGUCAGCCCAAGUCAUCUUCCAGCCGACAUGCGUCGCUGUGCUGGAGGCGCUCGUUAUCACGAUACGAUCAUCUUGCCUCUGCAAUUCCACUCCUCACGCUUACUUCUUUGUCUUCUCUAGGAAGAUCUUACAUACCCACAGUGGUAACAUGUACUGCUCAAACAGCAAUAACUACCAAUCUGGCUCCAGGGACCCCUGUUAGGUCUACAAGUAUACUAGUUGUUGGGGCUACUGGAACUCUAGGGAGGCAAGUGGUGAGGUGGGCUCUGGAUGAAGGCUAUGAUGUAAGAUGUCUUGUAAGGCCUCGACCAGCUCCUGCUGACUUCCUUCGUGAUUGGGGUGCAACAGUUGUCAAUGCUGAUUUAAGCAAACCAGAGACAAUACCUGCAACACUGGUUGGCAUUCAUACAGUUAUUGAUUGUGCCACAGGACGCCCAGAAGAGCCUAUAAAAACGGUAGACUGGGAAGGUAAAGUUGCUUUAAUACAAUGUGCAAAAGCAAUGGGGAUUCAAAAGUAUGUAUUCUUUUCUAUUCAUAACUGUGACAAGCACCCCGAAGUUCCUUUGAUGGAGAUCAAGUACUGCACUGAGAAGUUUCUUCAGGAUUCGGGCCUAAGUUACAUUAUCAUCCGAUUAUGUGGUUUCAUGCAGGUAGGCCAUCCAGUGAAAUUUUGGUCAUGUUCUUUUAUGUUGAUGUUUCUCAAAAGUCUGAAAGGCCUGAUUGGGCAGUAUGCAGUGCCUAUACUAGAAGACAAGUCUGUAUGGGGAACUGAUGCCCCAACUAGAGUUGCUUACAUGGACACUCAGGAUAUAGCUCGCUUGACAUUUAUAGCUUUACGAAAUGAAAAAAUUAACCGGAAACUUUUCACAUUUGCCGGGCCUCGUGCAUGGACAACCCAAGAGGUGAUAACACUAUGUGAGAGGCUUGCAGGGCAGGAUGCAAAUGUAACUACUGUCCCGGUCUCAGUCUUGAGAUUCACUCGCCAGCUGACUCGUUGUUUUGAGUGGACCAAUGAUGUCGCUGAUCGGCUGGCAUUCUCAGAGGUUCUUUCAAGUGAUACUGUUUUCUCGGCUCCCAUGACUGAGACAUAUGAUCUUCUUGGGGUGGAUGCAAAAAAAAUUAUUACUUUAGAGAAAUAUUUGCAGGAUUAUUUCACAAACAUCUUGAAGAAAUUGAAAGAUCUGAAGGCGCAAUCAAAGCAAUCUGACUUCUACAUUUGAAAAAAGCCUUUUGUAAGCAUUGUAUUGAAGUUGUUCAUAUGGACAAUUCGAAAGCCAUGUAAUCCUGAUGAAAGAGAGAUUAUGGAGGUAUGUAAUGCUUCGACUAACCUUUUUUCUAA